AUGAAAUUUCAACUUGCCAUUCUUGGUCUCUUUUGCUUUCUGGCUAUUGCCAGCACAGCAGAAGUUGAUCAAUUGAAUUAUGAAACAUUUCAAGGAUUUAAAGGUGAACUGGAGAACGAUGCAUUAGAUGGCAAUGAUAAAGAAGAAGCUAAUCAGGAUCAGCCAGUACAUCGAGAAGAUUCAUUAGAAGCAGGCGAAGUAGAAGACGAAACAAGUAAGACUGAGGAAGCCGAUCCUCAAAAUGAUUUUGAUGAAGUCACUGCUGUAACUCCUAUCAAUAAUGAAGGAUCCGAAAUAAACGAAAGUAAAGAUAAAAACGAACUUACUGAUUUAACUGAUGAUAAAGAAAAUGAUACAGAGGAAAGUGAGUUUGCUAGUGAACACUUAGCUAAGAGCGGAAGACGCCGCCGCAGGAGGAGACGGCGUAGAAGACGUUGGGUUAGUCGCCGUCGUCGUCGUGCUGUAGUAGUUCGUCGUCGUCGUGCCGUAGUAGUUCGUCGUCGUCGUGCUGUAGUAGUUCGUCGUCGUCGUGCUGUAGUAGUUCGCCGUCGUCGUGCUGUGGUAGUUCGCCGUCGUCGUAUCCUUCGCCGUCGAUUACUUCGUCGUCGUAUCCUUCGUCGUCGUAUCCUUCGCCGACGCAUCCUUCGUCGUCGUAUCCUUCGUCGUCGUAUCCUUCGCCGACGUAUCCUUCGCCGACGUAUCUUUCGUCGUCGUAUCCUUCGCCGACGCAUCCUUCGUCGUCGUAUCCUUCGUCGUCGUAUCCUUCGCCGACGUAUCCUUCGCCGACGUAUCUUUCGUCGUCGUAUCCUUCGCCGACGCAUCAUUCGUCGUCGAAUCCGGCGUCGUAUAGUUUCUUGCCAAUCUUGGAUAACAACUCUCGCUCUGUAA